UUCGUUUGCUAACUGAGCAUACAAUUGCUACUUCAGUUUUCAUUCUUAAAUUGUCUACAUUUAAGGUGUAUGUUACAUAUGCAGAAAGUUGUCAAUCUAUAUAUAUAUAUUAAGGUAUAUAUCAGAAAUUUGACCGUUCCUAUAAACUAUAACAGUGCAUACGAUUACGCCCUGAAAGGGUUUACACCUGAUAGUUGCCGCGAAUCAUAUGGGAGGAGAUUCCGAUUUACAAAAGGAGACGAAGAAGACGAAAUGUUAAGUGAAAAACAAACAAUAAAGAACAACUUCAUUUGCAUAACUACAUUAAAAGAAUAUGAGGAUUUUAGUCUGGAGGAAUGGCGAUUUGCAGAUCUUUUUGUCCACAUCGCAUUCCCUCUUCAGUGCAGCUUUUUGUCCUUCUGUAAAUGUGUUACCCGUUACGUCGGAAUCACCUAAAACCACUACGUCACAUACGCAUUCAACCAGAACGUCAUUUAAGGCUCCAACAUUAACGUUACCUGUGCCGUCAACCGAAACUGAAUCGCAAGCAUUUGAGCAGGUGCUGCCAAAGGAAACGUGUACCAAACAGGUACCGGAUGUACUGGAGCUAUGUGUUGGGGGCACCCACAGGUACACGACAUUGCUGGUUACCAUGACACAGGCAAAGGCAGGUGAUCUUGCAGAAAUGUUCUUAGGAAAAGUGCCUUUACAUGUCAUGACAGAUGGAUCUUUCUUCCUUGACACUGACGGAGAAUCCUUCCAACUGAUUAUUGAAUACUUACGUGACGGCCGACUGCCGGAUAUGGACGUAGAUUCUUCGAAAGGCACUUGUGAGGAAUUGUUACUGAAAUCUUUCCAAACCGCUCGAAAGUACGGGUUACAUGAAUAUCUGCACGAUCUUGACCAAUAUGUUCCUAUUCAGCGUUUCAAAGACCUUGAAGCAAAUAAAGCUUUUGUCGAGUUCUAUGUGAAACAGAUUUUAUGGGCGCUCAAUAAAACUGAUCUUGAACGAAAUGGAAAGUUCGCAAUCCUGUUGAAGUCAACUAAUUCGACUGUUAUCUCUGCUGCGUGCUGUAAACAUGUCUGUCAGUUUUCCCCUCAUGAUACUGUUGUUCACCUAACAAGGGACUUUAGUUUGCGAAUCUUGAUUUUGUUGUGUCAGCGUCUCCGUUGCCUUGGUUACAACGUCACUACCAAUGAAGAAAGUUGUGUGUUUAGAUGUUCUACACACGAGGAAGGAGACGACGCUAGAAAGGAAUGCACAAGCAGGCGUCAUUUGUUGACGUGGUUUUGUCGGAUUUAGAAAUGCAGCAACCCUGUUGGAUUGCAUUAGAUUUAUUAAGUACCAACAGAGCUUGCCAACGUUUACCUUAUACCCGUGAACUGUUUAAUCAUAGUUUACUCGAUUGUUUUGUGUCCUAUACACGCGGGUUUGUUCGUAAUUUUGGUUUAUGAAAACUUGUCAGAACGUGAAUGGCAUGGGACCCUUAUGUAACAUGUUAAGUUCUAGUUAUUGUGUGUGUGUUUUCUAUCAAA